AUGGCUGACGUCGUUAGUGUGAUUGCAGCUGCUCUUGUUGCUAGAAGCUUCAGACGGGAGCGAGUUUUUCGCUCGCCCGAGGAUGCUUUCGCAUACGACGAACAACAAUUUCGAGACUUGUUCCGUCUUCCGAAAGACGCCGUACGUGCGCUGUGUGAUGAGCUGCGCGACAUUCUCAGUCCGAGGACUGCGAGGAGAACAGCGCUUUCUGUGGAAGCUAAGGUGCUGACCGCACUGCGGUUCUACGCAACAGGGAGCUAUCAAAGAUGUGUCGGGCAGGAGGUCACUAUUUCUAUUGCACAAUCUUGUGUUAGUGACUGCAUCAGCAGUGUCAGUAAGGCGAUAUGUGACCUCCUGCUGACGCGGUAUUGUAGUUUCCCGCGGACCGCGGAGGAACUGACGCACUUGAAGAUGGCCUUCACCUCAGUAUCGGGAAUGCCAGCCUGCAUAGGAGCCAUAGACUGCACGCACGUUGCCAUAAUUGGCACGUCAGAGCCAACCUACAGAGAAUGUGUGUGUGUCAACAGGAAGGGGUACCACUCCCUGAAUGUGCAGAUGGCAUGUAUCUUCAGUCCCAAUUUUAUAGUUGUGUUAGAUUAG